AAGUGAGUAGUGAAAAUACACUUUGGAUAGAGCCAGCUUGCUAUUAACUGUAUAACCCACUCUGAAUCCAUCCAGCAACAGUGCUGGUUUCCAAGGCCAGCUGCAGAGUUUUUAGAUGUGAUGUUAUAUUCACAAUGUGAAGUUUACUAGAAUCCUAAAGAUAAAAGUAUUGUCAAUUGGCCUCUCUGCACUACCUAGCAAUGUAGAUUAAUGCAAUGAGGCAUGGGAGGCUUUUGCUUGGUUUCGUUGUACCCCGGAAUGGGAUGUAAUUUAAGCAAUCAGUUGUGUGCUGUCUUGACCACUGGCUGACCCAAGUCUGUUUUGUGUGACUUAUGCUUACACACUAAUGCUUGAACUUCGGUAAAUCAGGGCCUCUUUUCUCCCAUAGAGGACAUACAUGGCAUUAAGUAUUUUUAGGGACAUCAGUUUUUACUUGCUGAGUUCUAUUUUUAACAUAAAAUGCUAAUUGUAGCUCUUCAGGGCAGGAAUCCCAUCUUUCCAUUUGCUAGGUGUUGUACAAAGUAGAAGUCCCGAUCCUGACCAGGACUUUGAGGUGAUAUGGCAAUACAGAUAGUGCCAUUUACCUGUUUUUCCUCACUUUAGAAUCUUUAUUUCCCUUUCCCUCCCCAUCUCCCAAAAACCAAUCAAUAUAAAACUGUUCCCUGAUGACCUCACCUGCUGCUCUGCCAAGCAUGGAAUCUUUCAGAGGGCCUGAAGCAAUGACUUGUGCAUCUUGAAUCUGACUUGGAAUACAGUCCAAACAGCAAAAGGUGUCUAAUAUGAAAAAAGAGUGUGCAUACAUUCUAGAACAGUUCACUGGGGAGAUUGGGGCAUCUUCCUCUGUAUAAUACAAUCACUUCCUCAAUCAUACUCUCUCUGCCCCUGCACAGGGGUGCUAGCCCCUUCCACGUCAAGGAGUGAGUAACUGUAGCCAACAGCUGCGUACAGGCAAUCCUAGCCAGAUUAGAGUUGGGUUGCAAAAACAGACUGAUAAGGGAAACUAAACAGCAAGAAUAUUUAAUACUACACCUUAUAUUUAUUGCUGGACUCUUCGAAUGAGCCAUGCCAGUCCUAACAGUUUUUCUUUUCAAACAGGGCUGAUAACACUGACUUCAGGCAUGUAGGCAAGAAGAGCAGUUAUUACAGCUGAGAAGCAGGCCCAGAUGGAGAACAAGAGAACAAACAGGGAGAGUGAUGCAAUGGAAAAAAGGGGCCCAUAUAUCAUGACCAAAGCUUCCUCCAUUCAUGCCAAACUGCAGAAGCAUCGAGAAAUGGCGAAGGCGGUGCUGCGGAGGAAAGGCAUCCUGGGGGCAACUGUUCAACAGCAACCAAAGCCAGCAGCAAAGAGGUCACUGAAGUUUAACAAGGGCUAUGCUGCUCUCAGCCAGACAGCGGAUGAGAACCUGGUGUCCCUUGAUUCAGACAGUGAUGGGGAGCUGGAGUCAAGAUGUUCCUCCGGUUACUCCUCUGCAGAGCAGGUGAACCAGGAUCUAAGCCGUCAGCUUCUGCAGGACGGGUACCACCUAGAUGAGAUCCCGGACGAUGAGGACCUAGAUCUCAUUCCCCCAAAACCUGUUGCCUCCUCACCUUGUCCCUGUUGCUUCGGGGAGUCUCUCUCCUGCACAAUCCAGUAGGCACUGCUCAUCCGGGGCUGCACACUACAAGUCAAGGGCCAGCACUUUCUACCGUGUUUCUUAGUACAUUAGUAUGCCUGAUAGAGGCAACUACAUUCAGCAUUGAACACUGGCAGAAACUGAAAUGGGCUCAGUGACUGAAGAACUGGACGCUGCCACUGCUGCAGUUAUUGGCACCUGCUCAAGUUGAGCAGCAACAGUUGAUUAUCCCAAAGCUACUUUUUGUUACAUAUAGUGAUAUAAUAUAUAGCUGUUAUGUGUAGCUGUUCAGGUUGCCUGAACGUGGAAAGUGUUGGAGUGUGGAAAGAUGCUUCAUGCUGGCUGGGGGAGGAGGGAGAAGAGAGAACAUGUGCGUACUCUCACUCUUACAGGAGAACUCCAAAGCUGUUUGUAAAGGUGAACAGCAAAGGUCUCAAGUCAGUAACCUAACAAGCUAGAGAAAUGCAAAUGAAGGCACUUGAGUCUGCAAACAGUCAUUCCUUUUCCUCUUGUGCCAAGGCUGAGGUUCGGGAUCUGGUGCUGCCUUGGGUGGUUGCCACAUCCUUACAGACUCUGAACUCAGGAUCUAGCAGGUAAGCAGAGAAGAAAGGAACUUCUAUUUCCCCAGUGUUGAAACAAGCUACUUGAAAGGCUCUUGAAUACUCUGAUCCAGUCUGCUCACACGUUUUGUUAAUCCUGUGGGAUUUCAAAGGAUUUGCUUUCAUUCUUUGGGGUUCAUCUCAUUAACUGGUUGUUUUUAUUUUUUUUAAAAAAACCCACCACCACAACAAAACCUUUGUCAUGGGGCUUUCAAGGUGGUUAGAGAUCCUGGAUGGUACCAUUACAGCUGCAGCACUACAGUUUCUGAGUGUAUCUCAUAAGCAACUUCAGGCCCUGGCCUUUAAUCUCCACUUCUGUGGAGGUGACCUAACAAACUGUCUGCAUUUAUUUAUUUAUUUAUUUAUUUUUCUUUGGUGUAUUCACAAGUCCUGGCUUGAAGUCUGCAGGGCCCCUCUGGGACAGAGAGGUUGAGGUAGGCUAGCUGAGAUGGAAUUCCUCUGGGAAACAGCAGAGGUUAAUGAAGGAGGAGGGCUGCCUGAUAAGUGUCUAGUUAGAUUAAUGGAUGUAAUGGCAUCUAUAAUUGCUCUGGGUUUGCUUUGAACUAAAUCUAUACAUAGUGAUCAAAACCAAAGCUUGCUGCUCCUUUUGAAUACCAGGGCAGGCACUGUGAAGUGACUGGGUGUGGUGAUGAGGGUCAAGGCAGGUGUGGGCAGGGUCUUGAGCUCCUUUAUUUGAGAGGCUGUUUGCUAAAGAUUGCCAUGUUGCCUACUGAGAGCACUCUACAUUCCAUGCAUCUGAUGUGAUUAAUCAGGUGACUGGCUUCUAGUUGUCUGACUGGACCACUGGCACACCAUAUUAUAUAGAAACCCUGCUAACAUCUCUUGUAGGACAUGUCAAUUUCUGUUUAUUAGUGGGUUUUAGGGGCUUCUGACUAGGUCAUAGUAGUUUUACUCUGGGUUUACUCUGCCAUGGAAGGUCUGAACUUAGGAGUGAGAAGUUUGUGUGAAUUUGGCUGAUAACUUUUAAGUUACAAAAAUACAAAAUCAGGCUGAGUCUUGUGCUGCUCUUACUCAUGCUGUCGACUGUGAAUCUCUGCAUCAUGGCAUACUGUCAGGAUUGCUUCCUGUCAUGUUUUGUGGGGUUUUUUUUUUUUUUUUUUUUGGUGACCCAAUCCCAAAUAUGGUGGGCUUUGGACAGUCCUGAAAUAUAUCUAUUGUGCUGAUGUGAUCUCUUAAAGCAUUAUGAUACAAUGAACUGACUUCCUCUAAAAGGACAAAAUUCAUAAAGAUGGAUUUGGUCUUUACCCUAAAAAUGAAGGAAGUUUCUUUUAAAAAACAAACAAACAAACAAAAAAACCUGCAUCAAAGUAGCUUGAGGAUUCUGAGCCUCCUCCCACAAUCCUCAGCGUUAGUUAGUUUAAAUUCCAUUGUUAAUUCUUUGCCCUCCAGAACAGGAAUAGCAACCAAAACUGUGACUUCCCUGCCAUUGACUUACUGUGCACACGAACAGUAAUUCUUAGUAGUAGAUUGUUUUAUGUAGCGAUUAUGAUGGUAUGGAAACACUUGAAGGGCUGUUUGGUUGAUAUUUAGAUGUUUAUUUUUUUCUGCUAGUCAGAUGUUCACUGACUGGCAGUGAGGUUUUGAGCUCUGGAGUGUAGUCUCUGUACCACCGCUGUCCUAGCCCUGUCCUUUACACUGUGUCUUCAUUAGUAUUCAGCUGUGUGCAGUGAUUGAGCAUUCUUGUCCAGAAUAUGGUGUCAUGGCCAGAGGAGGGAGCAAUUUCCAAGUUACUGUUGCCUUUUGGUCAUUAUGUAUAUCCUGGGGACUGAGCAUAGUCUGACACUAAUGCUGCAGCCUAGAGGGGAUGCUGGCUUGGAUGCCAGAAUUACUCCUGGAUGUAAUAGGGGUCUCAAGGACAGGAAGUCUUGAUGCUAAAAUCUGGGAUGGCACGUCACCAACUGUUGAGGCUCCUCUCUCUGCUGGCUGAAGCUGAUUUAAUUUAUUUGUGAAGUGUGUUGAGUUCCCUCCCCUUGUGACCUUUUUUCAGCUGGAUGGUCCCAGACCAGUGCACUUGAGCCCAUUCCGUUGACAUCUCCUCGAGGAGAGGGUUGUUCUGUAAGUACCUGUAUGGGCUGGGCCUAGAAGUUGGCUGACUCUGGCUGCUUUCAGUGGCACUUUCCUGAUCCCAACAGCUGAAUAAAUGAGCUUGGAUUUCACGGCACCUCUAAAUCUGUGGGCCACACCAAGUGUGCUGCCUUACUUAGGGCUAUAUGUUGCACCCAAGUCCAUGUCUGGUGGACAGCAGUGAAAAGGUUAUGGAGGGUUUACUUCCCCACCAGCACCGGUGCACUCACAUUAGUAGUGGCCCAAAAGGUUUGGCUGCUUGGUUCUGUGCUUAACUUCCUACUUGCCUUUCACUUGUUAAAACAGGGAGUUGGAAUAUGAUGCUGUACCCUUUCCUGCUAAAUCUCAGGGCCUUUGUUUCAGAUCCUGUUGCUGUGGAAAAUACUCUCCCAGUCAAUUGCAGGGAGCUGUUUUAGCUAAAAGUUAAUCUCUGUUCUAGUCUAAUGUUCUUUAAUGGUGCUUGUUCAACUACCAAGACAAUACAAGAGCGUUGUGGCUAUGUAGGUUUUAGUCCAGAACCUCUAGGUUAAGUAGUGAGCAGAUCAUUGUGUGGGGGGGUUUGGGGCAAUGACAGAAGACAAGGAGGGUGGGGGGGGGGGUGUCUCUGACAUGAAGUUAAAAAGCUGCCUUAAAUCAGUCUCGCUGUGAUAUGCAGAGGACAACCAGCUUCUAAAGAAAUCUAACGUCUUAAGUAUUGCUACAGAGAACUACGACAAAGUUUUAUACAUUCCUGCUCAAGGGAAGUUUUGUUUAUAAUAAACUUGAUCGUGUGUUACACAAGCGGUGUGUUUUGCCGUAGUUGGGAGCAAUCACACAUGCUGCUUGGUGCAACUGAAAGAGUUGCUGGUUGACUUUAGAGAACUGGCAGAAUUCAGCGAGGCUUAGGUCUCCUGGAAGCUAUUUGUGACUGGCCUAAGCAAGGAGUGGGUCGGGGACUGCUCAGAGCUUUGAUCCUGGGUGAGGGAAUACCCUCCUCCCCUGCAGGGUCACAGGCACAUUUUGGUUAUCUUCCUAAUACCCCUUUUGAAAUGAAGUGCAGACAGUGCCCAGGA